GAAUCGAGCAAUUGCCCCGGAUCCCUGGAAGCUGACGGGACAGUGGCCAAGACUGCUCUGGGGCAGUGGAAGGAUUCUCCUGAUUURGGGCCCGGAGCCGAUGGCAGAGAAUGUCCACGACUAACAACAUAGCGCAGGCCCGGAAACUCGUGGAGCAGCUCCGCAUYGAGGCCGGCAUCGAGAGGAUCAAGGUCUCGAAAGCAUCCUCGGAGCUCAUGAAUUACUGCGAGCAACACGCCCGGAAUGAUCCACUCCUGGUGGGAGUUCCUGCUUCYGAGAAUCCCUUUAAGGACAAAAAACCCUGUAUCAUCCUAUAGCUCCGGAUCAUUCCGGAAAGAAAUCCUUCUCCAGCCUCUGGAUCCAGGCUCCUYCACACCUCCACCUGCUCCCAGGGGUAAAAACUCAACCUUGGCUUCGAACAGAACUUAAAAAUUCCCGUGAAAAACAAAAAAAACC